CCGGCUCCUCCCCCGUCCGGGCCGGCCCGGCUCUCAUGCGGGCCGAGCCCCGCCCCCCGCCCGCCGCCUGAGCCCGCGCCCGCCCGCACCAUGCUCAAGUGCAUCCCGCUGUGGCGCUGCAAUCGGCACGUGGAGUCGGUGGACAAGCGGCACUGCUCGCUGCAGGCCGUGCCCGAGGAGAUCUACCGCUACAGCCGCAGCCUGGAGGAGCUGCUCCUCGACGCCAACCAGCUGCGUGAGCUGCCCAAGCCCUUCUUUCGGCUACUGAACCUGCGCAAGCUGGGCCUGAGUGACAACGAGAUCCAGCGCUUGCCCCCUGAGGUGGCCAACUUCAUGCAACUGGUGGAGCUGGACGUGUCUCGGAAUGACAUCCCUGAGAUCCCCGAGAGCAUCAAGUUCUGCAAAGCCCUGGAGAUUGCAGACUUCAGUGGAAAUCCUUUGUCCAGGCUCCCCGAAGGUUUCACUCAGCUGCGCAGCCUGGCUCAUCUGGCCCUGAAUGAUGUGUCCUUGCAGGCGCUGCCUGGGGACGUGGGCAAUCUCGCCAACCUGGUGACCUUGGAGCUCCGGGAGAAUCUGCUCAAGUCCUUGCCUGCGUCCUUGUCUUUCCUGGUCAAGCUGGAACAGCUGGAUCUGGGAGGCAACGAUCUGGAAGUGCUGCCCGACACCCUGGGGGCCCUGCCCAACCUGCGUGAGCUGUGGCUGGACCGGAACCAGCUGUCGGCCCUGCCCCCGGAACUCGGGAAUCUGCGGCGCCUGGUGUGCCUGGAUGUGUCAGAGAACCGGCUGGAGGAGCUGCCUGCGGAGCUCGGGGGGUUGGUGCUGCUCACCGACCUGCUGCUCUCCCAGAACUUGUUGCAGCGGCUCCCUGAUGGCAUUGGUCAGCUGAAGCAGCUGUCCAUCCUGAAGGCAGACCAGAAUCGCCUCUGCGAGGUGACGGAGGCCAUUGGGGGCUGUGAGAACUUGUCAGAGCUGGUCCUCACGGAGAACCUGCUGACGGCCCUGCCCCGCUCCCUGGGGAAGCUGAGCAAGCUGACCAACCUCAACGUGGACCGGAACCGCCUGGAGGCGCUGCCGCCGGAGAUCGGGGGCUGCGCGGCGCUCAGCGUCCUCUCCUUGAGGGACAACCGCCUGGUUGUCCUGCCGCCGGAGCUCGCCCACACGGCCGAGCUGCAUGUGCUGGAUGUGGCCGGGAACCGCCUGCAGAGUCUGCCGUUCGCACUCACGCACCUCAACCUGAAGGCCCUGUGGCUGGCAGAGAACCAGGCGCAGCCCAUGCUUCGGUUCCAGACUGAGGACGACGCCCAGACCGGCGAGAAGGUGCUCACGUGCUACCUGCUGCCCCAGCAGCCCCCACCCGGCCUUGAGGACCCGGAGGAGCCGCAGAGCAGCCCUUCGGAGAGCUGGGGUGACGCCCCGCUCAGCCGCGUCAGCGUCAUCCAGUUCCUGGAGGCCCCCGCGGUCGACGAAGACGCAGAGGAAGCCGCUGCCGAGAAACGGGGCCUGCAGCGUCGGGCUACGCCUCACCCCAGCGAGCUCAAGGUGAUGAAGAGGGGUGUGGAGCGUCGAAGCGAAGCCGUCUCCUGCAGGCCCGACUCGGCACAGCGCUCACCCUCACCCCCGCCCUCGGAGGAGGAGAAGAGGCCGAGCACCGAGUCUGGCCUGAGUGCGGACUCGCGCCUGUCCGCCAGCGCAGCCUCCCAGGGUGAGCCCGAGGGCCCGCUGGCCGAGGCGGAGGGGCCGAGCCGGCCGGAAUCCGCGCCAGCCUCCCAGGAGGAGGCCACGGAGGACGUCUACGAGGAGCCCACGGUGCGCUUCGCGGAGGACACGCUGCUCCUGCCCAGGGAGGACGGCGAGAGCGAGGAGGGGCAGCUGGAGGCCCCCUGGCCCGUGCCGGGUGAGCGACAGCGGCUCAUCCGCAAGGACACGCCCCACUACAAGAAGCACUUCAAGAUCUCCAAGCUGCCCCAGCCCGAGGCCGUGGUGGCCCUGCUGCAGGGGACACAGCCAGACAGCGAGGGCCCAGGAGGGUCUGGGGGCUGGCACAACGGCCCCCACGUGCCCUGGGCUCCUCGAGCCGAGGAGGAGGAGGAGGAGGAGGAGGAGGAGGAGGAAGCCGAGGAGGAGGAGGAAGCGGCGGCAGGAGCCGAGGAGGCGGGCGAGAAGGAGGAGGAGAGGGAGGAGGCCGUGGUCUCCGCACCCUCUGUCAAGGGAGUGUCGUUUGACCAGGCCAAUAACCUGCUGAUAGAGCCCGCUCGCAUUGAGGAAGAAGAGCUGACGCUCACCAUCGUGCGGCAGACGGGGGGCCUGGGCAUCAGCAUCGCGGGCGGCAAGGGCUCCACCCCCUACAAGGGCGACGACGAGGGCAUAUUCAUCUCCCGGGUAUCCGAGGAGGGCCCUGCGGCUCAGGCUGGGGUCCGAGUAGGUGACAAGCUCCUCGAGGUGAACGGCGUGGCCUUGCGGGACGCCGAGCACCAGCAGGCCGUGGAGGCGCUGCGUGGGGCGGGCACCACGGUGCACAUGCGGCUAUGGCGGGAGCGUAUGGUGGAGCCUGAGAACGCGGUCACCGUCACGCCUCUGCGGCCUGAGGACGACUACAGCCCCCGGGAGCGGUGGGGAGGCGGCCCGCGCCCGCUCCAGCCCCAGCCCGAGCCCCCCGGGCCCCUCCGCCAGCGCCACGUGGCCUGCCUUGUGCGAAGCGAGAAGGGGUUGGGCUUCAGCAUCGCCGGGGGGAAAGGCUCCACACCCUACCGGGCUGGAGACCCGGGUAUCUUCAUCUCCCGCAUCGCUGAGGGGGGCGCCGCCCACCGGGCGGGCACCCUGCAGGUCGCCGAUCGCGUCCUCUCCAUCAACGGGGUGGACAUGACGGAAGCCAGGCACGACCACGCCGUCUCCCUGCUGACCGCUGCCUCUCCCACCAUCGCCCUGCUGCUGGAACGGGAGGCCGGGGGGCCACUUUCCCCCGGUCCUCCGCCACACUCCCCCCCACCCCCUGCUGCUACCACCACCACCACCGUGGCCACUGCCACCCCUGGGGAGCCCGGGCCGCUAAGGCUGGCCCCCAGUCUGCUGGCCGCUGCCCUGGAGGGGCCGUACCCAGUGGAGGAGAUCUGUCUGCCGAGAGCUGGGGGCCCCUUGGGGCUCAGCAUUGUCGGGGGCUCCGACCACUCCAGCCACCCAUUUGGCGUCCAGGAGCCCGGCGUGUUCAUCUCUAAGGUGCUCCCCCGGGGCCUGGCUGCGCGCAGCGGCCUGCGGGUUGGGGACCGCAUCCUGGGAGUGAAUGGGCAGGAUGUGCGGGACGCCACCCACCAGGAAGCGGUCAGCGCCCUGCUCCGGCCCUGCCUGGAGCUGGUCCUGCUCGUGCGGAGGGACCCACCGCCCCCGGGCAUGCGGGAGCUCUGUAUCCGGAAGGCCCCUGGAGAGAAGCUGGGCAUCAGCAUCCGCGGGGGCGCCAAGGGCCACGCAGGGAACCCCUGUGACCCCACGGACGAGGGCAUUUUCAUCUCCAAGGUGAGCCCCACAGGAGCGGCCGGGCGAGAUGGCCGCCUGCGGGUGGGGCUGCGGCUGCUGGAGGUGAACCAGCAGAGCUUGCUGGGCCUGACGCACGGCGAAGCCGUGCAGCUGCUACGCAGCGUGGGCGACACCCUGACUGUGCUCGUCUGUGACGGCUUCGACACCAGCGCCCCCGAGGUGUCCCCAGGCAUCAUCGCCAACCCCUUUGCAGCGGGCAUCGGCCGCCGGAACAGCCUGGAAAGCAUCUCCUCCAUCGACCGGGAGCUGAGCCCCGAGGGCCCCGGCAAGGAGAAGGACCUGCCUGGACAGACCCCACAGUGGGGGCCGGAGGCCGUGGGUCGGCGCCUGGAGAGCCUGGAGCUGGACUGCCGUGCCCUGGCCGCCACACCCAGCGCCGGCGGUGUGCAGAGGGUACCGUCUGGGGCAAGCGGCGCGAAGAUGGCUGAGACCCCCUGUUCCCCUGGCCACCAGCAGACAAAGCCUGGGGUGAUCCAGCCAGUGGCUCAGGCCUGGCCAAGGGGCUCCCCGGCCCUCAGGGGCAGAGGUGAUCCCCAGUCCCCCCCCUCCCCGCCCUCCCCUGACGAGCUGCCCGCCAACGUGAAGCAGGCGUAUAGGACCUUCGCUGCCGUGCCCGGCCUGCACCCGCCCCUGGAGGCCCCUGCCCAGCCCCCCACGCCUGGGCCCACGGCCUCCCCGGAGCAGCUGUCCUUCCGCGAGCGGCAGAAGUACUUCGAGCUGGAGGUGCGGGUGCCCCAGACCGGGGGCCCCCCUAAGCGCGUGUCGCUGGUGGGUGCCGACGACCUGCGGAAGAUGCAGGAGGAGGAAGCCCGAAAGCUGCAACAGAAGAGGACGCAGAUGCUGCGCGAGGCGGCGGGGGACGCGGCGGACGCGGGGCGCCCGGAAGGCGAGGCCGCCGAGGACGAGGAGCCCGAGGAGGAGCCGCCCUGGGCCGGCCGGGGCCCCGCCGCAGGGCUUGGCCCCGCGUCCCCCCCGCCGCAGGGAGGCGGCGCUCCGGUGCGGACGGCCAAGGCCGAGCGGCGCCACCAGGAGCGGCUGCGCGUGCAGAGCCCGGAGCUGCCCGCGCCUGAGCGGACCCUGUCCCCGGCGGAGCGCCGCGCCCUGGAGGCCGAGAAGCGUGCGCUGUGGAGGGCGGCCAGGAUGAAGUCUCUGGAACAGGACGCCCUCCGCGCACAGAUGGUCCUCAGCAAGUCUCAGGAGGGCCGAAGCAAGCGGGGGCCUCUGGAGCGCCUGGCCGAGGCCCCCUCGCCCGCGCCCACCCCGUCACCCACCCCCUUGGAAGACCUGAGCCUCCAGACCGGCACCUCCCCGGGACGCCUGGCCUUGUCUGGGAGGAAGUUUGACUACAGGGUGUUUGCAGCCCUCCCCUCUUCCAGACCUGUCUAUGACAUGCAGUCCCCAGAUUUUGCUGAGGAGCUGAGGUCCUUGGAACCAUCUCCGAGCCCUGGUGAGUUGGCAGGCGCGGCCCCGGGUGCUCCCAGGGUGCCUGGGGUCCAUCAGCUCACUCCCUGCCCCCGUCGGCCAGGUCUGCCAGAGGAGGAUGGAGAGGUGGCCAUGGUGCUUCUGGGCAGGGCUUCUCCAGGCGCCGUGGGCCCCGAGGAGGUGGCCCUGUGCAGCAGCCGCCGCGCCGUGCGGCCAGGGCGCCGGGGCCUGGGCCCGGUGCCCUCCUAGAGGGUCAGGGUACCUCACCCGACUUGGGGUGGGGGCCCUGCCAGCUCCAACACCACCCUUGUCUCGAGUCUUUUAACCCGGCCAUUAGCAUUUUACAGAGGUCCCCUCAGGAGUUCUGGCCGCUAACUGCCCCCUCCCCAGCCGGGACCUCCUGGCGAGACUGUAACUAGUGAUGUUUGUACAACCAAAGACUCUAUUUUGUGGUUUAAGGAGAAUAAAAUUGACUACGUUUUACCUC